GUGCGAGAGUGUCAACUUGUUUGAGAGAACAUUUUUGGAUGUUCGACAGAGAAAAAAACCGAAUUCGCUUAAUGUUUGAACAAAUGGUUUUUAUUGUUUGAUGUGUUCUGUAGUACAACAAUGGUUAAAAUUGCAUAUGAAGGUCAAGAUCUAAUUUUUUUUGUGAGAUGAGUAUUUGCGCGUUGAGUUUGUAUAUCAGCUAUCAUUCUCGGAUAACUGUUUUGAUAAAUUAAUGAUCGUUCAAACCAAUUAGAUUGCCGUUCAAUUGAAGGCGGCAAAUUCCCGACGCAGUGUGUUUUUCGGUUGUCUGACAUGAAAAUGAUCGAAUACAAAUGUAAAAUCAAUCAGCCAACAUCCGAUCAGAUCAGAUAAAGCCAACAAAGCUGUCCGUUCUUUUGUGAAUACGCUGGAAGCAAGGUAGUGAUGACAUGUGAUUACGCGAUUAUUUCGGCUUUUGUGUGUUGGGAGUUCUUGUGGCGUGUUUUGCCUUCAUUGCUUUGCGUACUACCGAUCACGUGUGCCAUACCCCAGGUGGUGGUGAAAAGUGACGUCAUACCCGAAGAAGAGAUCGUCGCCAUAUUGCAACAGUAUGACACUGAAGUGCACGAGUACUGCAAUCGCCAAGUGCAGGCCAACUGGAAUGUAGCUACCGAUACGGAGAAUGUAGAGUUCCAGAACGAACAGAACGAGGCCAGUUUGGCGUAUGCGAAGUUUCGGAAUGACUACUACGAACUAUAUUUCAAGACAGCCAUGGUGGAGAAUUAUCAGAAUGAAAGUGUACGAAAACAGCUGGUUCUGUUGAAGGAUCGUGGCAUAGCCGCAUUACCGGUGGUAACACUGGAGGAUUUCAACAAGGUUAUGCGAAGGAUGGAUUCCACCUAUCAGUUGGCAGAGAUUUGCCCAUACAGCAAUCAGAACUGCAGUGCCGAGGAUUCAAAGUGGACACUGACACCGGAGAUGGAGGAGGUAAUGGCAAAUUCGAAUGACUAUGAGGAACUGCUUUAUGUCUGGAGUCGAUGGCGCGAAGAAUCGGGCAAGAAAAUUCGAACAGAUUACAAGCAGUACGUUGACUACGUGAACGAAGCAGCUACACUGAAUGGUUACAGUGACCAUGGUGAAAUGUGGCGAGCACGGUAUGAUAAUCCCGAUCUUCGGGGAACGUUAGAACGCUUAUGGACGGAGGUAGAGCCUUUGUAUGAUGAAUUACACACCUACGUGAGGUAUAAGUUAUUGGAGCACUACGGCGACAAGAUGGAUCGCGAUAAUAAAAUGAUUCCAGCGCACGUGCUUGGAAAUAUGUGGGGUGAAACCUGGAUUCACUUGUACGAUCGUAUUAAACCAUUUCCAGACGCUAGCACGGUAGACAUAACAUCUGAAAUGAAAGAAAUGGGAUUUAGUGCGCGGAAAAUAUUCGAACUGUCGGACGAGUUCUAUCAGAGUUUGGGAUUACCCAGCAGUGCUAUGAGUUAUGGUCCAAAAGCUGUCAUUGAGAAACCUGCGCAGAAAAUAGUGUGUCAUCCAUCAGCUUGGGACUUUUGUGAUGGCGAAGAUUUUCGCAUUAAAAUGUGUACUAAUGUAAAUAAGGAAGAUUUCGUAACAAUCCACCACGAGAUGGGUCAUGUAAUGUACUACAUUCUAUAUAGGGAUCAACCACAAUUGUUCAAAACUGGUGCAACGCCGGCAUUCCACGAGGCAGUUGGUGACACCAUUGCACUAUCCGUUUCGACUCCCAAGCAUUUGCAGAAAAUUGGACUUCUGACCGGCUACACGGACAGUGAAGCCGAUAACAUCAACGCUUUGUUUGAAGCUGCUUUGGAGAGGAUAGCGUUUCUUCCGUUUGGAUAUCUGGUAGAUCAGUGGCGUUGGGAUGUAUUCAGUGGAGCAAUCAAUGAGAGCGAUUGGAACAGACAUUGGUGGACUUUGCGGGAGAAAUACCAAAAAGUGUAUGCUCCUGUGGCACGCACCGAGGAAGACUUUGAUCCGGGUGCGAAAUAUCACAUUCCGGGCAACGCCCAGUUCAUCGCGUAUUUCCUAGCAUACGUAUUGGAGUUCCAGUUCUACCGGUCACUUUGCAUCGAGUCGGAACAGUACGAUCCGAAUAAUAGUACAUCUAGUCCAUUGAACAAGUGUGAUUUCUACAACAGUCGAGCCGCGGGAGACAAAUUAAGGGAAGGUCUAUCGCUGGGUUACAGUGAAGAUUGGCGGUCUACACUGGAGAAGUUGACCGGAGAACGGGAGAUUAGUGCACAAGCUUUACAUGAAUAUUUUGCACCUCUGCAGACGUUUUUAAUUGAACAGAACAAAAAGUUUAAGAACGCAGAAAUGGAAGCUAUUAUUGAAAGGUACAACGAACAGUACUCUGUUGCCUGCAAUCGUCAGGUGAAGGCGCAGUUCGCGAUGCAGGUGGAUGUGGGAAACACUACAUUACAACAAGAGCUGGCACAAAUACUCAAAGAAAAUACUCAAUUCGUUCUGGAAAACUUCAACAAAUACUUUGCUGACGUUGAUAUUUCAUACUAUGAAAAGCCGAUAAUUCGGCGUCAGCUUGAAUAUUUGACGCAGAUUUCUGUGAAUCGCCUUUCAUCUGACGACUUCAAUGCGCUUAAUAGUGCUCUCGGAAGAAUGCAAAGUAUCUACAGUAGUACUUUGAUCUGUCCCUACGACCAACAGAACUGUACCAGCGGUACAAUGAGCUUGGAUCCUGAUUUAUACGGUGUGAUGGCAGAUUCUCUAGAUUACGAUGAACUGCUGUACGUGUGGAAAGAAUGGCGAGAGAAGACAGGACGUUUCAUGAAGAAUGACUACGCUCAGUACGUACACUUGAUGAACAAAGCGGCAGGAAUCGCUGGAUUUGAUGACAUGGGAGACCUUUGGAAACAGGCUUUCGAACAGGAUGGAUUCGUGGACUCGAUGAAACGCUUAUGGGUUGAACUGAAACCAUUUUAUGACGAGUUGCAUAAAUAUGUUCGUCGUAAGUUGUUAACGUUAUACGAGGACAAAAUGGACAAAAGCAAUCCAAACAUACCAGCACAUUUGUUGGGAAAUAUGUGGGCUCAAUCCUGGGUCAAUCUGUAUGAACGCAUAAAACCGUUCGAGAACGCUUCUGACCUGGACAUUACCAAGGCAUUAGUCGCAAAGAAUUACACCAUCAAGCAGUUGUUUGAAAUAUCCAAUGAUUUCUACGUCGGUUUGGGACUUCCUGACAAUAGUAUGAGUUACGAUGAAGCUCGUGGAGCUUUGAUUGAGAAACCAUCGGAUCGAACUGUGACUUGUCAUGCUUCUGCGUGGGAUUUCUGCGAUCGGCAAGAUUUUCGCAUCAAAAUGUGCACUCGGAUGAAUAUGGAGGACUUUGUUACCAUACACCACGAGAUGGGUCACAUCAAUUAUUACAUACUGUACAAAGACCAACCGGUUGCCUUGAGAGCCGGAGCUAACCCAGGAUUCCACGAAGCUGUUGGAGAUACCAUUGCCCUAUCAGUAGCGACGCCUAAACAUUUCAACAAAAUUGGAUUGUUGGAAGAAUACACGGAUAGUUACGAGAACGAUAUCAAUGCCCUAUUCCAGAAGGCUUUGGAUCGAGUUGCAUUUCUGCCUUUUGGCCUUCUGAUCGAUAUGUGGCGAUGGGAAGUAUUCUCCGGGAAGGUAGAAUUCUCCGAUUGGAACAAGCGGUGGUGGGAGUUGAGAGAGGAAUAUCAGAAGAUUUCGGCCCCGCUGGAUCGAGAUUUGGAUGCUUUCGAUCCGGGAUCAAAAUAUCAUAUUCCAUUCGAUAGCCAGUACAUUUCAUACUUCAUUGCUCACAUUCUUGACAUGCAGUUGCACAAAACGCUCUGUCAAGUGGCCGGUGAAUAUGAACCCAAUAACUCGAACAAACCUCUGCAUAAAUGUGACAUUGAUGGUUCCACAGCGGCAGGUGAUCACAUCCGAGUUGGAUUGUCUUUGGGUCGCUCAGUGCAUUGGACCGAAGCACUUCGAGAAAUGACCGGCGAAACCGAAUUGAAGACCGAUGCUUUGCUGGAGUAUUACAGGCCGUUACAUGAGUUUCUGAAGGAAGAGAACGCAAAGGCAGAUCAUGACUCUGGUGCCACAGCAGCAUUGUCUCUGGUUCUGAUCGCAGCAAUGAGUGGAUUACACAUUUUGAGGUUAUUGUUAAUAGAUACGUGGAUGCAUUUGCUUCUAUAGGAAUUGCAAAUAAAUGGUUGUAUUCCAUUGA